AUGCCGACCAAAGAGAGAAUCUAUAACUGGUACAUCUGCAUGGUGGCGGCCAUGUGUAUGGUGCUCUACGGCUAUGACGCCUCGGUGUUCAACGCUGCGCAGAACUCGGACAAUUGGCUGAAAUGGUUCGGCUUGGACUCGAAGGCCGAUACAUAUCUAAUUGGUCUCGUCAACACGGCUUACACUAUUGGUGCAAUCGUUGCUGGUUGGUUCUUCGGUGGUCCUAUUGCUGACCGCUUCGGUCGUCGAACCGGUAUGGGCAUCGGUUGUUUCGUGACUAUCAUCGCGACAUUCAUGCAGACAUUCGCUCCUUACCACAAUAUCGGCUGCUUCAUCGGCGGCCGUGUCCUAAUUGGUCUGGGACAGGGUAUCGCUUUGACCGCUGGCCCUGUAUACAUCAAUGAGAUGGCGCCGGCCGAGAUCCGUGGUACAGUCAUGACCUUCUGGCAACUAAACUAUUCUGUUGGGUCUUUCAUUGCCUAUUGGAUUGCCUAUGCCACUGGCAUAUACAAAACCAGGCUGGGAGACUGGGACUGGCGAAUGGUCGUCAUAUUCCAGAUGCUGGUCCCGAUCAUUGUGCUAGUGCUCCUCCCAUUCCUGCCUGAGUCACCCCGUUGGUGGGUAAAACGCCACAACAAUAUUGACAACGCCAGAGCUGCUCUCCGGAAAAUCCGCCACACUGAGCAAGAAGUUGAGGAUGAGCUCCUUGCCAUUCGCGAAGCUAUCGAGUUUGAGAAAGAAGCCGUCGGUGCCUCAUAUUGGGCUUUGUUCAAGGAUCCUUCUAUUCGCAAACGUCUUUACCUCGCUUUCGCAAUCAAUGUCGGCCAGCAGCUUACUGGCCAGGGCACAUUGAACAGUUACUCGAGCGCGAUCUACAAGCAAGUUUGGAAGGAAAAGAGCACCAUCGAUCUCAUCAAUGCUCUGAAUGCCACCUGCGGCAUCCUCUUCACCUUGAACGCUGCCUGGACUGCUGACAGAUAUGGUCGAAGAUGGCUGCUGAUGGUUGGUGCUUGUGGAAUGGCAUUGGCCAUGAUGCUCGUGCCAGUCGUCGGCCAAACCACACCAACUAUCAACGGUGUCAAGUCUAACUCGGUGGGAAUUGCCAUCGUUUUCCUGCUCUUCGUCUUCACCUUCUUCUACAAGCCAUCAUGGGGAGCUACUGUGUGGAUCUGGACUGCCGAGGUGUUUUCCGUCAACGUCCGUGCUCAGGCUGUGGGAAUGUGCUCCCAGAUGCAGAAUGUGGCCAACACUAUCUUCCAGCAGUUCUUUCCCGCAUUCCUUGCGAAUACGGGACUGAAAUGUCUCUUCUUCUUUAUGGCUGUCAACGUCUGUCUUGCCGCCUUUGUCUUCUUCUUCCUGCCAGAGACGAAGCAAGUGCCGAUCGAAGAGAUUGACGUGCUUUUCGGCGGUGCGAAUCAUGUUGAGAAAGGUGGAAACCUACUUGGUGUUCCGGACGCACACCAUGCUACUACCGCCCCGACCGCUAUGAACCAUGAUGACAUUGAGAAGCAGGAACCUGAAAUUCAACAGGCAGAGCGCGCGCCCGAUGCCAAAGAGAUCAAGAUCUAG